GAAGGAGAGAGACGGAAACAGAGAAGGAUAUAGGUGAGUGAGUGAGAGAUAUAGAGAUAGAGAAUGUGAAGAGAUAGAGAGUGAGAGAGAGAGAGAGAGAGAGAGAGAGAGAGAGAGGGGGGACGUUCCUUCGUAGUGGAGAGGGAAAUAAGAGGAUAUGAAAAGGGGCUGCGAGAGGUGGCAGGCCAGCUGCUAAGCUCAGAGCGCGUUGAUUCGUCUCGGUGAGUGGUUGUUCCUUCUCGCGUUUGAAAUUUACCGACAAUAAGUUUUAUCUCGCGUUUCCUUCUUUCUUGAAUCUUGUUUCCGUUUUUCUUUUUUUUGUUUUGAAUAUUCUUUUGCUCUUCCUUCUCUUUCAUUCUUUUUGCUUCGCUGUCUUCGAAUUUCUUUUUUUUUAUUUGUUCUUUCUUUAGUUUCUUUUCUCUCUCUCUCUCUCUCUCUCUCUCCUUCUAUCUCUAUCUUUAUAUUCUCAUUCGUUAUCAUCGUAGAUAUCGACUGCGUGGAUUAUGAAUUUUUUCGAGCUCGUACGUGAGUGGUUGAAAAGAGAAGAAGAAGGAGAAGAAGAAGAAGAAGAAGAAGAAGAAGAAGAAGAGGAGGAGGAGGAGGAAGAAGAGAAGAAGAAAAAAUUUCAAGGACGAUUCGAAUAACGUGUGACGAUUGAUAAACUUCUGUUUCUUUUUUCCUUUCUUUUAUUUUUGUUCUUUCAUUCUAAGAUUUUUCAUUCUAAGAACAGAGGAUUAGAUCGUAUAGAAGGAAAAAAUCAAAUAUUAUAUAUUUGAUUUCGUGCGUGUAGCCAGACAGAGAGAGUGAGAGAGAAAGAGAGAGAGAGAGAGAGAGAGAGAGAGAGAGAGAGUGAAAUAACAUAGGUAAUAUUUAUUGUCGAAGAAAGAUAUCUUUUUAUUUUCUUGUAUCAUUCUUUAAACGUAUAAGGGUGAGGUAGCAAAAGGGUUAAUAGGAUGAAGUCGGAAAGUAAUAACGGAUACAUCAGGGCUAAUGUUAUCCCGGAACAAAAUGAACCCACGUCUCCCAUGGGACAAGACGUUUCACUAACCGGAAGUCCACUUCAGGUUACCUAUGGGCCGAGAGGUGGUACAACAGUGACAAGCGUUCUUCAUCCAACGAAUACGAGAAGACAGGUUGCUGGAAUAACACGAGCCACUUCGGUAACAAGAAGACGAAGUGGGGCUCCUGCUAGACAACAAAUGUUAGGCAUAUUGGCUGCCACAUUGCUCGGCAUUUCUCUAUUAACUCUACUUGUCUUGGUAUUGAAUACAACGCGGGAAUGCGUCCAAGAGCCACGUCCGAACGUGUGCAUGUCCGAAGAAUGCGUGAGAACCGCCGCAAGUUUGCUCUCAGCGAUGGACCAGACUGUUGCACCCUGUGUUAACUUUUUUCAAUACGCAUGCGGUGCUUGGAAUCGUUUGCACGUGAUACCAGAAGAUAGAAGUUCCAUCAGUACCUUCGAGGUACUAGCUGAUCAACUCCAGAUCAUUCUGAAACGUGUCCUCGAGGAAUCACCGAACGAGAACGACAAUCAUGCAACUCUAAAGGCCAAAAUGUUCUACAAAUCGUGCAUGGACAUCCCUCGCAUACGGGAGAUCGGUGACAGACCUUUGAAGGAAACAUUGACAGCACUUGGUGGUUGGCCAGCAGUUAUCGGAGCAUCUUGGGAGCCACCACCUUAUCCAAUCGAGGUUCUCUUGGGUCGCCUACGUGGUGAAUACAACGAGGGCGUUCUAAUGGAGCAAUGGGUUGGCCCAGACGACAAGAAUUCCUCAACCAACAUCCUGCAGCUGGAUCAAAUGCAGCUGGCAUUACCCAGUCGUGAUUAUUAUCUGAAGAAGAACAGCGAGGCUGAAUUGGAUGCUUAUCAUCGUUAUAUGACCAACGUGGCUGUUUUACUUGGCGCCAAUCGUGAAAAUGCAGCACUCGAGUUUAAUCGCGUGAUCGCCCUUGAAAAACAACUUGCCAAUGCUUCGUUGCCCGAGGCCGACAGGCAUGAUACCUCAAUGAUCUAUAGAAAGUUAACGUUGCGGGAACUACAGGAAGAGGUGCCGCAACUUAAAUGGAAAGUUUAUCUCGAGGAAUUCAUAAGCGCACCGAUUACCGAGGACGAGCCACUAGUGGCAUACGCGAUGCCCUAUUUCCUACAAAUGGGUCGUAUCGUACAGAAAACCGAUCGCAGGACGUUGCACAAUUAUAUAUUAUGGCGAUUGGUGAUGUCCAUAAUGCCGCAUAUGAUAGACGAGUAUCAACAAAAGAGAAUUGAAUUUCGUAAGAUAUUAUCAGGAAUUCUAAGCGAGAGAAACAGAUGGUCCCAAUGCGUAGAAUGGACCAAUAAGAAUCUUGGAAUGGCUGUGGGUGCACUUUUCAUACGUGACAAUUUUAAUCACGAGAGCAAGGAAACAGCAUUGGAAAUGAUACGAACUAUACGCGAAGCAUUUAAUGAAUUGCUAGCUGAGAAUCAAUGGAUGGACGAUGAAACCAGGACCGUUGCCAAAGGAAAGGCUGAUUCAAUGAAUGAGAGAAUCGGUUAUCCAGAAUUUUUGAAGGAUCCGGUCAAACUUUCCUUCGAAUAUGUGACGUUGAACAUAACGGAGGAUCAUUUUUUGGAAAAUGUUUUGGCGGUACAUAAAUACGACGCAUAUCACAAUCUUCAAGAAUUACGUCAACCGGUCGACAAGGAUAAAUGGUCCACGGAGCCGGCCGUGUUAAAUGCGUUUUAUAAUCCAAAUAAAAACGACAUAGUAUUUCCCGCUGGUAUACUGCAACCGCUUUUCUACUCUCAGCACUUUCCUAAAUCAUUGAAUUACGGUGGAAUCGGUGUUGUGAUUGGUCAUGAAAUAACUCACGGAUUCGAUGACAAGGGACGACAAUUUGAUAAGGAUGGCAAUAUGAUGCAGUGGUGGAAUAAUGCGACCAUUAAAGCAUUUCGAGAGAGGGCACAGUGUAUCGUAGAUCAGUACUCCCGUUACAAAUUACAAGAAGUUGAUCUUUACAUAAAUGGCCGAAUGACACAAGGUGAAAAUAUCGCUGAUAAUGGUGGAUUAAAACAAUCGUUUCGUGCUUACAAAAAGUGGGUCUCUAUACACGGAGAGGAACCAUUGUUACCUGGCGUGAAUUUAACUCACGAUCAACUCUUCUUCCUUAAUUAUGCACAAAUUUGGUGUGGCUCGAUGAGACGAGAGGAUGCACUAACGAAAAUACGCAGUAGCGUACAUUCACCGGGUCCGGUGAGAGUGUUAGGUCCGCUUUCAAAUAGCGAGGACUUCGCCAAGGCCUAUAAUUGUCGACCAGGCUCACCGAUGAAUCCAACGCGUAAAUGUAGCGUCUGGUAAAAAUGUUGGCUAAGAAUUAUUAAAAAAAAAAAGAAAAAAAAAAAAAAAAAAAAAAAAAAAAAAGAAAAAAGAAACCAAACAAAAAAAGUAAAGAAAAUGAAAGAAGAAUAAAAAGAUUUUUUUCGAAAGAUCUUUUGAUCCAUUCGAAGGAUUUAUAAAAUAGAUAAAUGCUUCAUGAGGAUACAAAGGAACGAGGUUCUCCUUGAUGUCAUUGUAGUACAUCCAAUAUGGAAUCCAUCUUUCGUGGUAGCCAUUUUGUCGGCCGCCAUUAAACGCGCAUAUCGAACUUUACACUUUUUUUCAUAAAAAUAAUGCAAUAAUAUAAACAAA